AUGGAAGGUGUCGGAAGUGUUGCUCAGUUUGCGUUGCCUGUGAUUCCUGCACGGUUUGUGCUCACACUCUUAGGCUUCUUCGGUUACAUCAAUCUCUAUGCCAUGCGAGUAAAUCUCAGCGUGGCAAUGGUAGCCAUGGUAGGCGAGGCUCACCCAGACAAUGGAUCCAAUGAAACAGUUAUAACAUGUCCGGAGCUGAUAAUGCCAAAAAAUUUAACCAAUGAAAAUGAUAUCGAGACAUUUGGAGAAUUUGACUGGGAUUCAAAUAUUCAAGGACAAGUGAUUGGAUCUUAUUUCUAUGGAUGCAUUCUGACUCAGCUUCCGGCUGGCAUAUUGGCUGAAAUGUACGGCGCCAAGUGGAUCUAUGCUCUUUUGACAUUUUUGACACCCUUAGCUGCAAGAUGGAAUGUAUGGGCGUUGGUGCCACUGAGAGCUGCAAUAGGACUUUCUGGGGGAGUUGCCUUUCCAGCAAUGAAUGUGUUGAUUAGCAGAUGGGUGCCGAAAAUGGAAAGAAGUAGAAUAUGCACAGCUAUGAAUUUGGGAACAAUGCUGGGCACUCUCGCAACGAAUAUGGUCACUGGAAUUUUGAGUGAAAGUUCUUUCUUGGGAGGAUGGCCAUCUGUAUUUUAUAUUUGUGGCUUGAUGGGAAGUGUAUGGUUUAUUUUAUGGGCUCUAUUAAUACACGAAACCCCAGAUGAUCACCCUCGUAUAUCGAAAGAAGAACUAAUAUACAUUCAAGACGGUCUUGACCAAGCAAAAA